UCAGUUUGUAAAAUCGCCUCGAACGGUUCGGAUCGAAAGCGCGCGCGAAGAGAACGUACGGCCAACUCCCCGGAAAGGAAGAAAAACAGAGGAAGGAGGCGCACACCCCCAAAAAGAAAACGAGUGUAGUUUAGUAGUGCAUUAGUCCACAGUUUAGUUCUCCCCUUGGUUUCACAAUUUUCAACAGGCCCAAAACAUUGGUUUCCUGCGUUUCCCCGAGUUUUCCUGCGACCAGAGUCCCAAAGAUCCCAGCAAAUCGGAACUAUGUUUACGGGCAGAGCGCAACGAGGCCGCAGGAUGAGAGAAUAGCGCCAUGUUGUCCAAUCCAGCCCCAACCUAUGGUGGUCCGAGGUCUUGAGACGUGAUCCCCUGUGGGUGCCGAAGAGUGGAUCGCAGGAAGUGACAGGAAAGAGUGGUGCCUGGGACGAGGGGCACUACUAACUGCAAAAAUCGUGGGCAAGGACAACGAAAGGCAUUCAGGUUGGAGAGUAAAAAAAGAAAACAAUGAAGUCCCAAGAAAGAACACACGAAAAUAUUUAUUAAACCCACACAAAAAACCCACAAAAAACGGAAAGUAAAGAAGUACUUGAGUUGUGGAAGCACCUGAGUGAAAAACCCAAGAAGAAAAAAAAACCAUAACAUAAACUUUUAGUUUAUCCAUUAAAUACUUUAUUUAGAUUAUUUUAAUUUCUAUAACACUGAUAUACUUUAAUAUCUCCAACCAAAACCCAUUGAUAUUCAAUUCAAUUGAUUAACGAACUUGUUUGUAAAUGAUUGACUUUUGAGUUCUUGAUUGAGACAAUGACUUAUAUACCUAAAAAAAUGCAACACUAUGCGCAUGCAGCCAUGAAUCUGAUCAAUAUGGAUUCGGAGAACCGGGUGGUGCUCAAUGUGGGUGGCAUUAGGCACGAAACCUACAAAGCCACGCUGAAAAAGAUUCCGGCAACGCGACUAUCGCGACUGACAGAGGCCCUGGCCAAUUAUGAUCCGAUACUGAAUGAGUACUUCUUUGAUCGGCAUCCGGGAGUCUUCGCACAAGUGCUCAACUAUUACAGAACCGGUAAGCUGCAUUAUCCCACAGAUGUGUGCGGACCGCUGUUCGAGGAGGAAUUGGAGUUCUGGGGCCUAGACUCGAACCAAGUGGAGCCCUGCUGUUGGAUGACAUAUACACAGCAUCGCGACACCCAGGAAACCCUUGCCGUAUUGGAUCGACUCGAUCUGGAUACGGAAAAACCGUCCGAAGAGGAAUUGGCUCGCAAAUUCGGCUUCGAAGAGGACUACUACAAAGGCACCAUAUCCUGGUGGCAGGAGAUGAAGCCGCGCAUUUGGUCCUUGUUCGAUGAGCCCUACAGUUCCAAUGCCGCCAAGACCAUUGGCGUGGUUUCGGUGUUCUUCAUCUGCAUUUCGAUCCUGUCGUUUUGCCUGAAGACCCAUCCCGACAUGCGAGUGCCCAUCGUCCGGAAUAUUACAGUGAAAACAGCGAAUGGAAGUAACGGCUGGUAUUUGGACAAAACCCAGACCAAUGCGCACAUAGCCUUCUUCUAUAUCGAAUGCGUUUGCAAUGCCUGGUUCACCUUUGAAAUAUUGGUGCGCUUUAUAUCAUCGCCAAACAAGUGGGAAUUCAUCAAGUCAUCUGUUAACAUCAUAGAUUACAUAGCGACGCUUAGUUUUUAUAUCGAUCUAGUGCUUCAGCGGUUCGCAUCGCACCUGGAGAACGCUGACAUCCUCGAGUUCUUCUCAAUCAUCCGCAUCAUGCGACUGUUCAAGCUGACGCGCCACUCGUCCGGCCUGAAGAUCCUCAUCCAGACGUUCCGGGCCUCGGCCAAGGAGCUGACCCUGCUGGUGUUCUUCCUCGUCCUGGGCAUCGUGAUCUUCGCCAGCCUCGUCUACUACGCGGAGCGCAUCCAGCCGAAUCCGCACAACGACUUCAACAGCAUCCCGUUGGGUCUGUGGUGGGCCCUGGUCACCAUGACCACCGUGGGCUACGGGGACAUGGCCCCCAAAACCUACAUCGGUAUGUUCGUGGGCGCCCUGUGCGCCUUAGCCGGCGUACUAACCAUCGCACUGCCAGUGCCCGUCAUCGUCAGCAACUUCGCCAUGUACUACUCGCACACGCAGGCCAGGGCCAAACUGCCAAAGAAGCGGAGACGAGUGCUUCCCGUCGAACAGCCGAGACAGCCCAGAAUACCAGGUGCCCCUGGUGGUGUCAGUGGCUGUGGCACCCCGGGCUCGGGUCCCCAUUCCGGUCCCAUGGGAUCCGGUGGAACUGGACCACGUCGCAUGAACAAUAAAACGAAGGACCUGGUCAGCCCCAAGUCAGAUGAAUAUACAACAAUGAUUGGCAAACCGCGCGAUGGCAAAAAGAGCAGGCUGCUCUAAGCCAAAGAACACAACAACAGCAACAACAACAUGAACCACGAAACAACAACAACCACAACAGAACCAGCUGAAGAACCAAUAAUCCCCCAUACCAUUACUUCCAAGCUAAGACUUGCAAUGAGAGAUGAUGAUGAUGAAGAUCUUUUCUAUAUAAGAAUUUGGCAAACUGAUCUAUGAGUAAACGAAGGAAUAAUAGAGAGAAGCAAAAAUGCAACCCCGAGGACUGGAUUAAGAUCAAAUAACGGAUAAAGAUCGUGGUACGUUGGAUCGAAAGAAAAGUUCUGGACGCCAUAUAGCCAUAGAUAUGCAUAUAGUCGUAUAUGGUUUAUCGUUUACUCGUGUCGGCGACGUCUGCUAUUGUUACUACUACCACUCCAACCUGCUAUAUAAUCGUAUAUAUAUCUAUACAAUAUGUAAUUUUCUACGUGUUUUCCUCUCUCUCUAUAUUUCUCCACCUAUCUUUACAUAAAUAAUAUUACAUAUAUUAUAUAUCGUGUACGUGUUGUUCUUCAGUUCUGGCUCGUUCGUUACUUCGUUACCAGUGUAUAAGAUAUAAGAUACUAUAACUAUACUCAGAUCUGUAACCGUAUCUUCUCUCUCUCUCUCUGUGUGCGUGUGUAAUUUUGUGAUACUUUGUUUUUAGUCCCAAUGCCCCCAAAUCAGAAAUCCCUUAGCUAUGUAAAAUUGAUCAAAAAACAUCGAAAAAAACAUUUGUAUUAUCUCGAACUCUUGUAUUUCAGAUAUGGCCUUCAGUUUCGACUAAGACAGAUAACAGAACAGAACCAGAAAGAUAUUUUGUAAUUUGUUAAGCCCGCUCAAGACACAAAACAAGAAAAAACUCAGCAACAAAAUCGAAAUCGAAACGAAAUCAAAACGAAACCUCAGUUAUAUACAAACCGUAAAGAACUAAUAAGUCCCCGGUUCGUUCAUCUAUCAUCUAACUACUUAUCAGCUAACCAAAACUCGGACUCUGCUGGGCGGGUGUGUGUUGGUUAAAAACCUUUAUUAUCUACCCCUAACAACCUCCAACUUUCUCGCUCUCUUCCAACCCGAAAAAAUUCCCAACUAAAAGUGUCAAAUAGUUGAAAAACUUUGAAACUAGUUCGUAGCAAGCAGAAACUCUAGAGUUUAGAGCCACCUUCACGAAUCCGAUUUCCCAGCAUUUGAUUCUACAAAGUUUCCCCCCGCCCCCCUCUGUUGCCUGAGUCCAAAAUAUCCACCCGAGCGAAAAUCUUUGCCAAAUGUAGUUUGCAGAUACUGUAUCUAGCCUUAUAUGUGUGUGUUUAUUUGCCGAGCAUGCUGCAUGUGACCCGAAUUUUGACCCGAGUCUUGGAGUGUGAUUAGUGUUUCCAUAGUUGUGUGUGAUGUUUGUAAUCGUGUUCGUGUUACACUACCCACCCCCCAGAAAACCACCCCACCACCCCUCGUAUAUCGUAGUAACCAAGUGCACCCAGUAAUUACCAUCAGCAAUUUUGAAAAAGUUGCCUCCCACCUGUCAUAAUAAAAUUCAAAGUUUACCGAAUUCGGAAUCUCCAGCUUGACUAACCGACUUAAUGAAAAUAAUAUAUUUACUUCUCUCUCUCUUUUUCUUUCUCUGUUUUUCUCUUACUCUUCCUGGACCUCCCACUACUAUAUCUAUCUAUUGUUUCCGGCUAUAUAACUCCACCUACUCCACCUACUUCCUACCCGAAACCGAAAUUGAUAAUCCUUUCUGUGGCGGGGUUAAAACAAAAAGUUGCUCAACUUUUCGCAGGUCCGCUGGGCGCAAGUAUUGUGGCCAUGAGUCCCAGGACAAUGUUGGACCUGAAUCCUGCCCUGGCGAUGGGCAAGCCGUCGUUUCAGCCCCG